AAUAAAUAUAUAAAGACGCAGUUCCAGACAUGGCAUUUCUUAACGAAUAAAGAGCAUUGCAUAGAUUGUACGCAGCCACUUAAGCAGCGCCGUCUAUCUAUCUCUAUCCAUAACAGCUCUCUCUUUCUCUCAGUUUUAUUAUGCAUACUGGGUGAGACAGGUUAUCUCUAAGAUCAUAAAUCCUCUUUCUGAGACACAUUGAAAAAAAGGAAGGAAAUGUCAGCAUCAUCAUUGGUAGAGUCUCUAGUUCUUCAACUCCAUGAGAUUUCAGCUGUCAAAUUUGGCAACUUCAAGCUCAAAUCUGGCAUCUUCUCACCAAUCUACAUAGACCUACGCCUCAUCAUAUCUUACCCUUCUCUCCUCCAGAAAAUCUCUGAAACCCUUAUUUCCUCUGUCUCUUCCACUUCCUAUGAUCUUGUAUGUGGUGUCCCUUACACUGCCUUACCAAUUGCUACAUGUGUCUCCCUUGCCCAAAACAUUCCCAUGGUCAUGCGCCGCAAGGAAAUCAAAGAUUAUGGCACUGCUAAAGCUAUUGAAGGUGAUUUCAAGGCUGGCCAAAGUUGCUUGAUCGUUGAGGAUUUGGUUACAAGCGGCACAUCGGUUUUGGAAACAGCGGCACCACUACGUGCUUCUGGGUUGAAGAUCAGUGAUGCUGUUGUCUUGAUUGAUAGAGAGCAAGGAGGGAGAGAAAAUUUGGAGGAGAAUGGCAUCAAGCUGCAUGCAAUUAUUAAAUUGACGGAUAUGGUGAAAAUUUUGGGUGAUCAUGGGAAACUUGAUGAGGAGAUGGUAGGGGUUGUUACAAAGUUCUUAGAGGAGAAUCGGAAGGUUGCGGCUGUGGCAAAGGUGGAGAAGCCUGCAACAAAGGUCAAGGCUUUGCCAUUUGAGGAGAGGGCUAGGCUCUCAAAGAAUCCAAUGGGAAAGAGGUUGUUUGAGAUCAUGGCUGCGAAGACCAGUAAUUUAUGUCUAGCUGCCGAUGUUGGAACUGCAGCUGAAUUGCUUGAAAUUGCUGAGAAGGUUGGACCUGAGAUUUGCCUGCUGAAGACUCAUGUGGAUAUUUUUCCAGAUUUUACUCCUGAAUUUGGCUCAAAGCUUCUCUCGAUUGCAGAAAAGCAUAACUUCUUGAUCUUUGAGGAUCGUAAAUUUGCUGAUAUUGGUAACACAGUGACCAUGCAGUAUGCAGGAGGUAUCUUUCAAAUAUUGGAUUGGGCUCAUAUAGUGAAUGCUCACAUAAUCUCAGGUCCUGGAAUUGUUGAUGGAUUAAAAUUGAAGGGUUUACCUCGUGGCAGGGGUCUGUUACUGCUUGCUGAAAUGAGUUCAGCAGGUAACUUUGCCAAGGGAGAUUAUACUGCAGCUGCAGUAAAAAUUGCUGAGGAUCAUUCUGAUUUUGUAAUUGGCUUCAUCUCAGUCAAUCCUGCAUCAUGGCCAGGAGCACCUAUAAAUCCCUCUUUCAUUCAGGCAACCCCUGGAGUUCAAAUGGUAACUGGUGGUGAUGCUUUAGGCCAGCAAUACAACACUCCAUACUCUGUGGUUCAUGAUAGGGGCAGUGACAUAAUCAUUGUGGGACGUGGCAUAAUCAAAGCAGCAAAUCCUGCUGAGGCAGCUCGUGAAUACCGACUUGAAGGGUGGAAAGCAUAUUUGGCCAAGUGUUCUUGAUGCCUGAACCCUACAGAAUAAGAAAAGGAUGAGUCAAAAUUAUGUUUUAAUGGACAUCUAAUCUCACCCGGAGGAAGAUUGUUUUGGGUACAAUAUAACAUUGAUGACAUUUUUCAACUGCAAUAUUAGAGGGGAUCUUUUUUUAUUAAUUUUAUUUUUCAAUUGCAAUAUUAAA